AUGCUCACCGGCGUUGUUGAGGAGCAGCAGCCACUCCAUCGGCCCAUCCCUGUGGAGCUCCCAGGCAGCCUGCACCACACGCUGCGGCCCGUCAUCCAAGGCCAGGUUGGUGGGCAGGCCGCGCAUGCGGAGCGCCGGGCAGGUGACACGCAGCUCGCCCUCCAGCUGUUCCAGCGUGCCACCAGCAGCAGCAAUGAGCCGGGCGCCAGACGCGGGGCCAGCAGGCGCUGA